GUAGGUCUAAGGAAAAAAAAAAAUGACAGAGCAGUGGGAGCGAUUCAGAUGUUAUUAGACACAUUUACUAGGAUAAUUCUGCUUAUUGUGUUACUGGUGUUUUAGUGAGAUUAUAUGGUCGUACCUGAAAGUUGGAGAGGUGUGGCCACGGGUGUGGUGACCGCCAGUGUCUCUGAGGGAAGCCAUGUUUCUCGACGGGGUGAAGUGAAGGCAGUCGGUCGGACCGGGCUGAGAUUUAUUUUCCCCUCCUCCACUAUGGAAGCAUUCCACGUUCAGGGGCAGCCGGUCGGAGGAGGCAAGACAGUCCGCAGCUGCCUCUUUGACAGGUGCACGAUGAAGGACGCAAGCUCCGCUCAUGUCUACGACUGAAGGAUGAACCACGGCAGCUGCCAUGGCCUGCAGCGGUGGUCCUGCUAACCCCGAAACUCUGGAAGGCUUCCAUGAGGUCAACCUGACCUCGCCAACCACACCUGACCUGCAGGUGGGUGAAAAGUCGAUCCCCGACUCGCAUCCAAGCCAAAUUCUUUUUUUCUGUUUCCUGCAGAACCAAGCAGAGCAGCGGCCCCCCGCACUCCACAGCACCCCGCCGUCCUCUCUGUACCGCACUCACGCCUUAGGACCGCCCCCAGCUGGCCUCCGCUCUUCCCUGCGGGCCGACCAGCUCCCCACGCAGCCCGUCUACUCCACGCCGCGACACGGCCACAAUGGAAGCGUGCAAGGCCAGGAGGCGGCGGCGGCGGCGGAGGCCAACUUCCUGUCUGGGGAGGAUGGCGAGGAGUGCAGCGUACUGAGCAACAGCCUUUCACGCCUCCGCAGCCCGUCAGUCAUGGAGGUGCGCGAGAAAGGAUACGAGCGUCUGAAGGAGGAACUCGCCAAGGCCCAGAGGGAGCUGCAGUUAAAGGAUGAGGAGUGUGAGAGGUUGUCAAAAGUGCGAGAUCAGCUCGGCCAGGAGCUGGAGGAACUCACCGCCAGCCUCUUCCAGGAGGCCCACAAGAUGGUGAGAGAGGCCAACAUCAAACAGGCCCAUGCUGAGAAGCAGCUGAAAGAAGCUUUGGACAAGAUCGAUGUCCUCCAAGCAGAGGUGCAGGCCCUAAAGACUCUCGUUCUUUCCUCCCCGACGUCGCCUGUCGGCGAACUUCCUCUUGUGGGCGCAGGGGGGAAGACUCCAUUCAGAAAGGGCCACAGCAGGAACAAGAGCACCUCUUCUGCCAUCUUGGGAACGCAACCCGACCCUUCGGCCACGCAGCCCAUUGUACGCGAGUGUCGAGAGGCGGACCCUCAGCUCUUCACAGAGUUCAAGGCCUGGAAGGAGGAGCCCACGCUGGACCGCUGCUGCUGCUUCCUGGAGCGCGUUUACCGUGAGGACAUCUACCCGUGCCUCACCUUCAGCAAGAGCGAGCUGGGGUCAUCCAUCCUGGAAGCUGUGGAGCAGAACACGCUCAGUGUGGAGCCGGUCGGAUUCCAGCCGCUGCCCGUAGUCAAAGCCUCGGCCGUGGAGUGUGGUGGACCAAAGAAGUGUGCCCUAAGCGGUCAGACCAAAACCUGCAAGCACAGAAUCAAGUUUGGAGACUCGUCCAACUAUUACUACGUGUCGCCGUACUGCAGAUACAGAAUCACGGCAGUGUGUAAUUUCUUCACCUACAUCCGUUACAUCCACCAGGGACUGGUCAAGCAGCAGGACGCCGAGCAGAUGUUCUGGGAGGUGAUGCAGCUCCGCAGGGAGAUGUCCUUGGCCAAGCUGGGCUUCUACAAAGACCAACUGUGACUCACGUCAGGAAGCCACGCCUCCUCCGCUGCGGAGCGCAACAGGAUGGGCUUGUAGCCUUUGACCUUUGUUCAAACACUCCAGAAUGAAAGCUCAGCGACCUUAGGCUGGGGACACUUUUAUCUCCUGCAAACCUAACAAAAACCAACCCAAACUCGGUGGUACCUCACUUUUUCUUAGUAAAUAGUUCCGUUAAAACCGAAAUCGUAAGAAAACCAAAGCAAUUUUUCCUUAAUUAAUCAUGCAUGUGUUCCACACAGCCAAAAACCGAAUCACGCUGAAACUGAAUGACACUAAAACCGAAUCACGCUGAAACCGUAUGAUAAUAAAACCGAUUCAUGCUAAAACUGAUUCAUACUGAAACCGAAUGACACUAAAUCCAAAUCAAGCUGAAACCGAAUAACAUUAAAACCGAAUGAUACUAAAACCGAUUCAUGUUGAAACCGAAUGACACUAGAACCGAAUCACGCUGAAACUGAAUGACACUAAAACUGAAUCACGCUGAAACCGAAUCAGGUUGAAACCAAAUGAUACUAAAACUGAUUCAUGCUGAAACCGAAUGACGCUAAUACGAAUUCAUGCUGAAAACAAGUCAUACUGAUAUCAAAUCCUACUAAAACCGGAUCUCGCUGAAACCGUAUGACACUAAAACCGAUUCAUGCUAAAACUGAUUCAUACUGAAACCGAAUGACACUAAAUCCAAAUCAAGCUAAAACCGAAUAACACUAAAACCAAAUGAUACUAAAACCGAAUGAUAGUAAAACCGAUUCAUGUUGAAACCGAAUGACACUAGAACCGAAUCACGCUGAAACUGAAUGACACUAAAACUGAAUCACGCUGAAACUGAAUGACACUAAAACUGAAUCACGCUGAAACCGAAUGACACUAAAACUGAUUCAUGCUGAAACCGAAUGACGCUAAUACGAAUUCAUGCUGAAAACAAGUCAUACUGAUAUCAAAUCCUACUAAAACCGGAUCUCGCUGAAACCGUAUGACAUUAAAAACGAUUCAUGUUAAAACUGAUUCAUACUGAAACCGAAUGACACUAAAUCCAAAUCAAGCUGAAACCGAAUAACACUAAAACCGAAUGAUACUAAAACCGAAUGAUAGUAAAACCGAUUCAUGUUGAAACCGAAUGACACUAGAACCGAAUCACGCUGAAACCGAAUGACACUAAAACUGAAUCACGUUGAAACCGAAUGAUACUAAAACUGAUUCACGCUGAAACCAAAAGACUCUAAAAUUGAUUCAUGCUGAUACCGAAUGACGCUAAAACGAAUUCAUGCUGAAAACAAGUCAUACUGAUAUCAAAUCGUACUAAAACCGGAUCUCGCUGAAACGUAAUCAUGUGAAAACCAAAUCAUGCUCAAACUGAAUCACACUAAAACCUGAUCGGGUCAGACUGAAACCGAAUCACACUGAAAUGGAGUGAUUCGAAAACCAAAUUAUGCUGAAACCGAAUCACUCUCAAAUGUAAACAAACUAAAACCGAAUCAUGCUGAAAUGUAGUCAUUUGAAAACCAAAUCAUGCUGAAACUGAAUGACACUAAAACAGAUUCAUGCUGAAACUGAAUGACACUCAAACAGAUUCAUGCUGAAACGGGUGUGCAUGACAAGCGAGGUACCACCAAGCAACAUAUUCAAGCUUCCAAAUAAGAAGAUAUAUUUCCUGGUUUGGAAGUCUCCCUCCAACAGUGGCAAUGUUUGUUUACAAACUAUUAUUUUCCUAGCAAAUGUAAGUAGGACUUUGCAGCUGUGCACAAUGAAAGUAUGUUUAAUAAGCUUUAGUUUCACUUUGUCAUUUUUGCAAAGAUAAUCACAUUGAUGGCUUUGCUGUUCAUUUAUUUAUUAAGAAGGAAAACAUAGUAAAUCUCUCACAAAACAAUCAGCGCCCAAGAAUAUUUGCAGGUUGUUCAUCCUCUUUUAGUUGAUUGUGUGUGUGUGUGUACUUUCUAUGAAGGCAAUGUCACUCUCCCACUUUGUUUUAGUGCCUUUUUCUCUCACGAAGAAUUAAAUAAAUAAGAAAAAAAAACAGCAUUACAUUGGCAAAGUCAA